AUGGCUUCACCUCGCGGCCUCGAUGCUCUCCGAAAGUUUACCAAAUGUGACGUAAGUCAAAUUGAAAAUCCAUACGGCGGUUUCUUUGAUGACAUCAAGAUGUACUCGCCUGGCGCUACGGGAUGCGUGUUCGGCCCCGCCAUCACUGUGCAAAUGGUAGAGAUGAGCGACAUAGCCUCGCCGAAACUCGACAAGCAUUUCUAUCUCGGCGCUGAAGCGGUCAUCGUUGAUGGCAGAAUGAGAGAUGUGAACGAACAUCGGGCGUUCGUAUUCCCUGUCUUUGCACGUGGCAACUCGGUUUUAAGGUCGAACUCAUUCACACGCGCAUCUCGUGUCAAUGUGCCACUGCAGUUAAAAAAUGAUUUAUGGAUUAAUCCAGGAGACCUGGUGAUAGGGCAUGAAGAUGGAGUGGUGGUCACUUCACCACCAUUGAUCGAACAGGUAGUUGCGCUCUGCCAGAAGCGUGCAGAAAUCGGCGAGAAAACGUUCGCAGGACUCAGAAAUGGGGAAGCAAUGGGCCCGCUCAUCAAGUCGCUUCGUAAAGAAAAGUGA